AUGAGCAUGUAUCGUGUCCAACAAAGGAAGCGGAAACGGAGGUCCAUCCUUUCCAACUUAGUAAGUACGGGUGUCGUGUACGAAAAUACAAGGGCGGAUACUGUGGAUGAAGAGGCCAGAAGUGACAACAUACUCGCGUCAGAGGUGACGAAGGAACAAGAGGAGGUGCAAGUGCCGAUCAAGAAUUCUCGCAGUACAGCGGAACAAACUACGGUAACGAACCAUAGCUACCCUAAAAAUGACACCAUACCUACCAGAGAUAGUGAAGACACUGCAGGGGGGGAUACUAGCAAACAAGUGGCCAAGCAACUCCAUCUGUUUGACAACAUACCCAAGAUGUUCCUGGAAAAGCUUACGAACUUUACUCUGUUUCAAAACGCACCAAAGGCAUUUUACGUUGAAAUCGCACGGCGUCUUACAUUGAUGAUCUACAACGCACAGGAUUAUAUUGUCAAAGCAGGUGAAUCGGCGAGAGCCAUGUACUGGAUUCUAAGAGGCUCAGUCAACAUCACCUCACCAGAUGGAGAGGCUGUCUACGCAGAGCUGCUGGAAGGCUCCUAUUUUGGCGAAAUUGGACUUCUCUUCAACCGUCCGCGAACGGCUACAGUGGUCGCGCGUACUAAGGUACUAGUCGGGGUGCUUACAGUUGAAAACUUCAAUCAAGUGUUACCGAGCUUUCCCACUGUAGAGCGCCAAAUCAGAGAUGAAGCUCAAGAGCGCCUUGCAAUGCAAGAGAAAAAGCAAAAGGCCGGUGUGAUCAAUUUGCUUAACACAAAUGUUACUCCAAGCAAUUCAGAGCAAACCUCUGCGUCGCCUGGCGAUAAAUCAGUUCCAAAUAGGCACGUUGCAACAGUUUCACCUUUGCUCGCUAGUAUUUCCAUGGAAAAUAUAGACGAUUCAAUCUCAAUUCGCCAAUUCCUGAAAAGCCUGCCGCUCUUCACUACUCUUCCCGCCGAUAUAAUUCACGGCCUCGCACUUUGCAUCGAAAUCAGACAGGUUGAAGCCUUUGAGUACAUUUUUCGCAAGAACGAUAUUGGAAAUGACAUAUACUUUAUUGUUAGCGGAGAAGUCGAGGUUCUAUCGCCCAAAGUAUCUAUAGAGGUCUCAAUGGCGACAUCAAUGACAGUCAAUGAUAUGGAGAUUUUACUUGCUAGACUUGGCCCCGGCCAAUAUUUUGGUGAAAUGGGAUUUUUAAGCUCAAUAAGUGAAGAUAAGAGACAGUCUGUGAGAUCUGCAGAUAUACGAUCAGUGUCCAAUUGUACACUCCUGGCACUGACUGGAGAAACCCUUCGUGAGUUUUGUCGCAGGUACCCACUGGUCAAACGGGAAAUCAAGAAGACAGCUGAAGAACGGAUAAAGAAAAAUUCAGAUAUAAGUGGUGAGAGACCGUCUUCGGCCCCUCUCAAACGAAAGCUUUCGGUUGCUCAAGAACCCCUAUGUACAAACAAGAUAACUCUUACUGACAGCUACGACGGAAAAACUUCGAUUCCAAGUAUAAUGAGAGAUUCAAUCUCUACUAGCAUUUCUGAUAUCAACUCUAAUAUUCCAAUUCAAGGAACUGGUCUCAAUACUCCAUUUUCGAGUAUUUCAUUUAAUCCAAAUUUUUCAUUUAACGUACCUAAGAACAGGCCUCCUUCGCCACUUCUCCCACCUCCAAGAGUAUCCAGCUCUGCUGAUCUUUUGACAUCUCCUCAAUUACAACCUAGCGAGACAAAAGUGACUUUGAAACACAUUUCAAGCGAUGCAGAGAUACCUUUAGAGUUGCAACCUCCUCCUGUGAAUUGUGGAAGGCAAUAUCGAAAUUCUUUUAGUAUUCAAAAUCCUGCUCCUGUAAACUAUAUGCCCCAUCAUAAAAGGGUUCGGCUCUCAAGUAUAAGUGGUGGACCUAGACGUCGGCCGUCUGUUUUGACUGUGGGGCCAUUGCCAGAUCGUAUUUUGUUAAGAUGUUUCCAUUAUCUUAGCUUACCAGAGCUAAUGAAGCUGAGAUUGGUCUGCAGACGGUGGAGACAACUACUUUAUGUUGCUCCUGGACUAUUUGAUAAACUAGAUUUGACACUUUGGAACAAGACGAUUGACGACAAAUCCCUUAUACAGAUUACAGACUUCGUUGGGUCUAGGCCUAAGCUGAUUGAUAUAUCCAACUGUUACCAUGUUACUGAUGAAGGAUUUUCUUACAUGAUUAACGAAAUUGGUAUUGGUGGUCAAUUGCGUACCAUUAAAAUGAAAGGCUGCUGGGAAGUGAGCGCCAUGGCAAUUAUGGACAUUGCGGUACCGUGCAUAGGCAAUCUGUUGGAAGAAAUUGACUUGACCAAUUGCAGAAAUGUUCGCGAUGACGUAAUACAGCGAUUAAUUGGCUGGGACAACGAACCGAACAACUCCGUAGCGGAUCAAAAGUGUCUUUCACAACAGCAUGAGGGCUGGCUGUAUCCUCUUGAUGAUCCAAUUCCAGGUAUGGAAUUAUUUGAUAGCUCAGAUGUAUCCUCGAAAGUGGGUGUGGGGUGUCGGAAUUUAAAGAGCUUAACUUUACGUUAUUGUAAAGGUCUUACGGAUAGUACCCUUUACCACUUAGCUUUAUAUACACGAGGGACCUUAGUUUGCUUAGACCUGACUCGUUGUACGGGAUUAACAGAUGUUGGAUUUUCUUACUGGGGCUUUCAACAUUUUGCAAAACUGCAAAAGCUUACCUUGAGCGAAUGCAUUUUUUUGACAGACAAUUCCAUUAGGUCUAUUGCGAAUUGUGCAUCAAAUUUACGGGAACUGAACCUUUCAUUCUGUUGCUCACUAACAGAUGCUUCGAUAGAGUUAUUAUGCCUUGGUUGCCCCCUCCUGGAAAGCUUGGAUCUCAGUUUUUGUGGUAGAGCUGUUAGUGAUGUCUCAUCGCUGGCGAUUUCGAUGCAUCUCAGACAACUUCGCCGUAUUUCACUCAAAGGGUGCUUAAGAAUAACGAGAUCAGGCGUUGAUUCACUUUUGGGAGGGUUUGCUCCAUUAUCGUUUAUCGAUAUUUCUCAAUGCAAGAAUGCACACAUGUAUCAAGGCGUCGUUGCUGCUACUAAGUUCGAACCUGCAGAAGGUUCACGAAGCGUAUUCGUGACUAUGGAGGACAAUGGAGAUAGAUGUGUGCAAGUUGUUAUAUAA